AUGGCUUGCAACCCUUGUUGUUGUUUAAGCUUAAAAGAUGCUGUGGUUACAAUUGGAAUUUGGUCAACGAUUUACAGUAUUGUGCAAUUGUCAAUUUUUGGCUGGCAACUAGCCGCAAUAAAAUACGAAAAGGAUCGUGCCGCAAACACACUUUUGCCUAAUUACAAUUCUUAUGGUCGCUAUGAUAUUCCAACAUAUUAUGAAAGUUAUUGGCAGUCACCAGAAGAACGUUAUUAUACAUGGCUUUUUAUCAUCCAAAUAUUAUGCUUGAUUGCUGCAUUCUUUCUUCUAUUUACUUCCAUCAUGAUGAUAUACGGGGUUCAUACGUGGUCUCGUUUCCUCCUAGUCCCAUGGUUGGUUACAAUGUGUGCCUCAAUACUUACAUCUCUUGCAUAUUGCAUUAUGUGGUGGGCUGGAGAUGUCAGGGAUUACUGGUUAAUGCUUACAAUAAUAGAAAUGUUUGGAGUUUUCUUAAAUAUUUAUUGUUUUGUUGUUGUCGUUGCUUUUCAUCAACGAAUGCAAGCAGAACUUGAAUAUUACGCCAGAAGAAGAAAAUACCAACGGUUUCAUAGGGAACGAGAAAUAACCCGACAGAUUGAUCAAGGCAGUAUUUUGAUUAUAAAAACUUUUAAGAAUCUUCCAAAUAAAUCCCCUACUUAUCUUUUUGACCAAUCAUUUAAAUAUUCUUCUACUAAAGAAAUAUUCCUAUUCAAGAUUUUGGCGAUUCUGAUAAAAGAAUUGAUUUACCACAUGUUCAACAAGGACAGAGACAAUUUGGGGGAAUCCAACGACCUCCUGCCAGCCAAUUUCCUGCAGUCUCUCCUCCCGGACAACCUCCUUUGAGACAUAAAUCCAUUCCUCCACCUCAUACAAUUCUUGUACCACCUUUACCAUCAACAGAACAAAUAAUGCCACAACAACUACCAAAACAACCAUUUUACAAGCAAAAAACGCCAAUGGAGAGAUUUGUUCAAGAAGCCUCAG